AUGAUUUCUUCUUUACUUUGGGUUCGCAAAGGUGCAGCAGCAGAAAAACCUGAAAAAUAUGAACUUGAUGAUAAAGAAUUUGAAAGAAUAAGAUUGUCAAUAUUUGGAAAUGUAAAGGGAUUGGCAUAUUAUACUUCAAAUAAAGAAGAUCCUUAUAUAACUCUUAAUGAUGAUGAUGAGGAUGAAGAUUCUAGUGAUAUAAGGAUAUUACCAACAGACAAUUUAUUAGUAGUAGCAAAAACUGAAGAUGAAUUAUCUCAUUUGGAAAUUUGUGUAUAUGAAGAACUGGAAGACAAUUUUUAUGUACAUCAUGACAUUAUGAUGCCAUCAUUUCCAUUGUGUUUGGAGUGGUUGGAUUUUAGAUUGGGUAGUAAAGAUGGAUCUGGAUCAACUGUUGAUGCUCCUGGUAAUUAUAUUGCUGUUGGAACAUUUGAACCAGAGAUAGAAAUUUGGGACUUGGAUACUAUAGAUUCAGAACCAAAUUCUGAAUAUCAUACUGAUGCUGUUAUUUCAUUAUCAUGGAAUAAAAAUCAUCGAAAUAUUCUUGCAAGCUCUUCAGCAGACACAACUAUGAAAUUAUGGGAUCUUCAAUCAUUGAAAUGUGUACAUUCAUUCAAUCAUCAUAAAGACAAAGUACAACAAGUGGAAUGGCAUCCAAUUGAAUCAACUAUUUUACUUUCAGCAUCAUUUGAUAAAACAGUCUCGGCAUUUGAUAGUAGAUCACCAGAUGUUAUAUCUUAUUGGUCAUUACAUGACACAGAACCAGAAUGUAUAAAAUGGGAUCCAUUAUCACCUAAUAAUUUUUAUGUUAGUACAGAAUCAGGAUCUGUUUUAAAUUAUGAUAUAAGAAAUCAUAGUAAUAGUAUUGGUGAUGCACAACAACAACCAGUAUUUACAUUACAUGCUCAUGAUGGAUCUUGUACAAGUAUAGAUUUAAAUUACCAAAUUAAAGGUUUAUUAGUUACUGGAUCAAUUGAUAAACAGGUUAAAAUUUGGGAUUGUAGUGACAACAAGCCUGUUUUGAUUACUAGUAAAAAUUUUGGUGUGGGAAAAAUAUUUUCAACUAAAUUUUGUCCAGAUUCAGCAUAUCAGUUGGCAAUGGGUGGAUCUGAAGAUAUUGAUAAUGAUAGUGGUGAUGAUGUUUAA